AAAAUCCAAUAAUUAAUUGCGCUCUGAUAUUGGAAUUUGACUUGCACUCCGUACUGACCACGAUCGGAUUUCCUGUAUCAGUCCUAUGCUGAAGUGAUUCAUUGUAUACGAUAAGGUUGCAACUGCAUCUUUGCUGACACAGCGAAGCGGAGCUUAGGUCGGAGAAAGUCAGUCAUUAGCUCUGCUACUUGGACCAAUCUUCAAAACUUCAAAAAUAUGACCACAUUGAUCCUGCUCGAAUUAUGCAGCCUUUGCGCCGGCUACCAUACACCUGCAAACAUUGCGCAAGUACCGCUCGCGACACUAAACACACACGUACCCUCUCAAGCUAUAGACAACUCGUAACACGAAGAAGCUAUAGCAAUGUCACUAAAACCUCGCGACCGUUUCGACUAGCUGUCAUCGGCUCUGGGCCUGCUGGCUUCUACGCCGCAUAUCGAUUUAUGAACAAAGUACAAGAUGCAAUCGUUGAUAUGUAUGAGCAAUUGCCUGUACCAUUUGGUCUGGUGCGCUUUGGAGUAGCGCCUGAUCAUCCCGAAGUCAAGAACUGUCAAGACAAAUUCGAAGAAGUUGCCCUCUCUCCGCGGUUCAAUUUUAUCGGCAAUGUUGCUGUGGGCCACGACAUACCUCUCUCUUUACUUACACCCCAUUACGAUGCCAUCCUUUUCGCGUACGGCGCAUCCGAAGACAAAGCUUUAGGUAUCCCAGGGGAGCAAGGAAACGGCAUAUACUCGGCUCGCGCGUUCGUUGGCUGGUACAAUGGACUCCCGGAGUAUGCUGGGCUAUCACCGGCAUUGACCGGGGGAGAAGAGGCAAUCGUUAUAGGGCAAGGAAACGUAGCACUGGAUGUUGCAAGGAUUUUACUAAGUCCAGUAGAGGACUUGCAGAAGACUGAUAUCACCACUUAUGCCGCAGACGCCCUCCGCCGCAGCACCAUCAAGAAGGUCUCCAUCGUAGGGCGGAGGGGGCCGUUUCAAGCAGCAUUCACCGUAAAAGAGGCUCGAGAGCUCAUCAAUCUUCAAUCCGCGCAGUUCCUGUCAGAUGGUCUCAGAAAAGCUAUACAGUGGGACGCACUACCGUCUGGGGGACCAAAGAAACUCCCUCGUGUACAGCGGCGCCUCUUCGAGGUGCUUAUGAAGGGGAUGGACGAAGGUUUAAAAGCAAACACAAGCAAGUACUGGGAGCUGCGGUACUUUUUGUCACCCGAGAGAUUCGAUUUGGACGCAGAGGGCGAGCUCGAUAGCAUCACUUUCAGCCAAAAUAUGUACAGCGAUGGGUCUGAUCCCCUUUCUGUCGAUGCAAAGGUCGCUACCUCCUCUGAGCACCCAAUAACUCUCCCAUCAUCCGUAGCGUUCCGCUCCGUCGGCUACAAAUCUGCUUCGAUACCGGGUCUAGAAGAUCUCGGGAUCACAUUCGAUUCCAGAAUGGGUAUCAUCCCAAAUGAUAUUCAUGGCCGUGUUCUCAGCCCUACUGCUGGCCCAGGCUCGCUUACUGCCGGGCAUGUACCAGGGAUGUACUGCGCUGGUUGGGUGAAGCGUGGGCCGACAGGUGUCAUCGCAAGUACGAUGGACGAUGCCUUUAGCUCUGCAGAUGUGAUUGCGAGUGACUGGGAGAAUAGAGCACCGUUUCUCAAUCAUAACAUAGGCAAUGGACAGAGUACGGCGCUAGGCUGGGAUGGUGUCAAAGACGAGGCAGCGCGGCGGGGACUGCAGAGAGUAUCUUGGCAGGACUGGAAGAAGAUAGACCAAGUGGAGAAGGAGAAGGGUAAGCUCUUGGGAAAGGAGAGAGAGAAGUUCGCGAGUGUCGAGGACAUGCUACGAGUCCUGAACUCAUGAUCGUUUACUGAGCAACCAUUAGUCCCAAGUAGCUGACCAUGCGUGUGCUUCCCGACAGAGCUAAUUCGCCGGAAAUCUAUGGUAUAUGAGCUGUGCUUAUAUGAAAUGAUCUGUAAAUUAUGCGCAGGCAGAGCCGAAAAAAAAGGCCAAAAGGAAGGGUGACAAGCAUCAAUGCGCUAAGCAUGUAUAUUCGGCGCUUGACCUAUUUGGGCCAGCUCCGAGGCCGAGAGUGAUACAACACGGCGUUUAACGCUGAUGCUCAUUUCCAGCUCC